AGACUAGAAAAACGGCCAGCGCCUGAAAGUGCGGAGUCCGAUGACACUGAAGGCGGCCUCACAAACCCCGAAGCGUGACGUCAUGAACAAUAACAAACCCGCCUACUUCAGUCUACUCGUGAGUAGUGACCGAGUUAUCUUGAAGGGCGGUGCCGUAUUAUUUAGCAGAUGAAAUACACAAACCGAAACGUCCCGGCCUGUACUUUCGUGUCGGGGUGUGUAUUUCUACCUCAGCAAUUAGGCUGAAGUGCCGCUCCCAUGCACCAUUCCUUCUUCAUUAGCUUAGCUCGCUAGCGCACAACGACGUAAUGUCAUGAGAUGUGUGCGAACAAGCUGCCGCUCCUCCCCCUUGCGUAUUUCGAAAAGGCCACUUCUGCUUUUUACGGCAGUCUAGCGCAUCCGAGACCUUCGGAAAUUCGAAGGCUCACGUUGGGCGAUGGAGCCACACGCGGCUACGGGCUGCGUGAACGUUGGUUGUCUGACCAGCACCUUACCGGAGAUUCCCUACCAGAAGCUGACCGACUUGUACUACCUAAGCAGAGGGGGCUUCGGCACCGUGUUCAAGGCUCAGCACUCCGACUGGAGAACUACCGUGGCCAUCAAGUGCCUCAAACUGGACUCCCCGUUCGGCGAAAGAGAGAGGAAGUGUCUGCUGAAGGAGGCAGAGGUCCUCCACAAAGCCCGCUUCAAUUACAUCAUCCAGAUCUUUGGCAUCUGCAACGAGCCGGAGUUCUUCUGCAUUGUGACCGAGUUUAUGAGCAAUGGCUCCCUGGACCAACUGCUGCAUGAGAAGGACAUGUACCCCGUGCUCGCCUGGCCUUUGAGACUGAGGGUCCUGUAUGAGAUCGCCUUGGGAGUCAACUUCCUUCACAACAUGUCCCCGCCACUCUUGCACCAUGACCUGAAGACGCAGAAUAUUCUGUUGGACAGUGAAUUCCAUGUGAAGAUUGCAGAUUUUGGUCUUUCCAAGUGGCGCCAGCUGUCUGUCAGUAAAGGCUCGGGGUCCAUACCGUCGGAAAUUGGGGGCACGGUGAUCUACAUGCCCCCUGAGGAGUACGAACCCUCCAAGAGCCGCCGUGCUGGCGUCAAACAUGACAUGUACAGCUACGCAAUCAUCAUGUGGGAGGUGCUUUCCCGGCAAAUUCCAUAUGACGAAGUGACCAACCCCAUGAAGAUCAUGUUCAACGUACUUCGCGGGAUGCGCCCCGACACCAGCUACGCCAGUUUGUCCGAUCAGAUCCCCAGCAGAGAUACGCUCGUUUGCUUAAUGACCUGCGGCUGGACCGCGAACCCCGACGAACGACCUUCUUUCCUCAAGUGUCUCAUUGAGUUGGAGCCCAUGGUGAGGAAGUUCACCGAAAUCGACUUCCUUGUGGCUGUACUCGAGAUUAAGAAGUCAAAGCUGACCCAGCGGUCCAGCUGCUGCUCGGCGCAGCCCGACAGCGAGAAAACGGCUGAGGAUGAAACUCUGACGAAGCUGAGGGACAUGUCUCGCCCGUGGCCGGAGAGCUGCACCUCAGGCUCAGGCUCUUGUUCAUCCCAGGAAACAGACAUGUCGCUGCCGGGCGCGCUCACCAGUACCAACACGGAGCCUUCAAAAGAAGGACCUCCAUCAUCAGUCGCCAUUGAUACGUUGGAGCUCCCCGAAUCUCUGAAGGACCCCUGCGCUGCCAGCAAUCUGAACGGCUUCCAGAGUGCCCGGCCCAUCACCGACCUCAGCAAAUCUCUCCAAACUGCUGUGCCCGUAGCCGAGGACGAAACACAGUUGGGCGCCCUCACACUCCAUGUCAACUGUGCAAAGCCACAAGAUAAUUCGCCUCCAUUGCGCAGCUCGUCGCCUUCGCAAGGUCCCGUCGGUCAGUGGAUGUCGACGCGACGCGAGGAGAUCGUGGCGCAGAUGACGGAAGCUUGCCUCAACCAGAGCUUGGACGCCCUGCUCGCGCGCUCCAUGCUGAUGCGCGAGGAUUACGAACUGGUGGUGAACCAGGCCACGCGCGCCGCCAAGGUACGCCAGCUCCUGGACAACUGUCACAGGCACGGUGAGGACUUCUGCCGAGUCGUCGUCCACAAGCUGCACCAAAACAAGCAGAUGGGCCUCCAGCCGUUCCCCAAUGAAAUCGUUUCGCCCACUGCGGUCUUGGUGCCCAGCGCACCGCCACUUUCGGUGUCCUACAACAUCCCGAGGAACAUUUAGGCCCGCGCGCGGAACCGUCCUGAUUGUAGAUAGUGCUAAAUAAUUGCUCUGUGGGCCUUUUACUGUCAUUUUGUCUGAAUUGUUCAUUUUCACAAUUUUUGGGUGACAAAGACCCCAAGACGAUUCCAAGACGCAGCGAACAUAAUCACCGAUGGAACGGCGAAUUAACGGACUUUUCUUUGGACGCUGAAAGCCGUAGUCUACUUGUAGGCUAGCCUUUAUGUUUUGCUAAAUGACUUGAAAAGAGCCCGGACGGAUAUUUUAUAAACACCUGUGAAAAAAAUCCCUUCCACAAACCCGAUGAUGUCGAUUUGGAUUGAGCAGAUUAGAAAAUGGAUGGAUCAUUCUCUCUAAUUGCACAAAACAAAGAGAAUGAAUGCAAAUCAAGUUGUAUUUUUUCCUGUCAAAUUGUCGUCUUGAUAAAAUCAAUAAGCUAUUUUGUCAGUAUAAAAAUUAAUCAAAACUUCUAUUUUGGAAAAUCUGCCUUUUUUCUUUAAAAAAUGUAAAAUAAAAGUGGUAAUAAAACCACUCAUGCUCUGCAAAAAGAAAAAAAAUCUUGCACGCUGCAUUGACAUAUGAUCGAUAUUUUUCAGUCAUAUGACAAUGUAUCACACGUUAUUUUAUGAACCCCAAUUUGAGAACCACUGAUCAAAAGAAAUUUGUGAUUUUUAUUUUUCCGAAGAUUCCCUGAUUUGCGGUGUUUAUAUUGCCUUUAUUCAGAGGCCCCCCUCAACAAAGUCUCGCGUCGAUAUGUCAUUUGUAUGUUGUUUGCGGUCACUUGGAUGUCGCCUCAUUUGUAGAAUGCUUCUCGGCACCGGAGCAAAGAUGAAGAUAAAGUAUGACAACACUUUUAAGAGGCUGGAAACAAACUGCAAAAGUAAGGUUGACUUGGAGUGCAAUUAAAGUGUUCUUUGACCCAUC